AAAACUGAACUGAAAGAAAGCAUAAUUUCCCGAGCUCGUGGCGUGGUUGAGUUUUUUUAUAUUACAUUAAGUACAUUUUGGUUGGUUACCUUUUAUUUCGAAGUAUAUAUUAUUAGUUUUUUCACUAGCUUAGUAAGAUACCCACGGUACAUAAAGCUUCAAGCAGAGCACGCACGAUAAAGCACAUUACAAGGUUUAUCCAAGAAGAUGCAUAGGGGGCCACCUGGAAUGAGGGGGCCCUCUUUCUCUCAAAUUCGUCAGCGACCACCUCAAACCCCCCCGAACAACCAGACAAGACAAGUUCAACUCCAGCCCUUACAGAGGUUUGGACCCCCCCCAGUGAUGAGCCAAUCUAAUUGGACUCAUAUGCCUCCUGGGGAUAUGAGCUAUAGCCCUGCCUACCAGCCUACUGAAGCUACUAUUUACAACAAUGAUUAUCCUCAGUAUAUGAGUGGUAAUAUUCCAACACCCGAAAUGAUGGGUGGUACCGGUACCCCUCAACAGGCGGGGUAUGUCCCAUACCCACAAAUGUAUGUACCUCGGCCAGUGUUUAUGGAUACACAGCAGAUGUGGCAUGCAAAUACUAUGAUGCAACAGCAGCAACAACCACAGCCACUGGGGCUGCCCAGCGAGCCUCAACCCUCCCGGAAAUUCCAGUUUAACAGUAAAGACGCUGUUAGCAUUUGUUCGAAAUGCGGUCAUAGGAACGCAUUGUGGGAAUCGGAACUUAACAAUCGAGAUGGAACAAUUGAGGUGCUGACAAAAGAAAACCAGUGUUUAAAAAUAAAAAUUGCUGAUUUAAUCCGAGAAAUUGACACCUUCAAAUCCCGGCUUGAACCUACAGCGGAACUGAGGACGACAGAGACUCAGGAUAAUGUAAAUAUACUGCUGCAACCACCAAUGGAGGAAGUAGAUAAAAUACCUGAAGUAUUAGUACCUGAAAGUGACGAAGGCUUAAAAUCCUCUCCAAAGAAGCUGUCCCCCAACGCAGCUGAAUUCAGUCCCAUAACUACAGCAAUGGCAGCAAUUGAUGUUCCAGUGGUCUCAGCUAAAGGGGUUUCUGAGGAAGAUACUGAAACUCCAGCCAAAGUAACUGAGGUUGAAGCUUCAACUCAGGUGGAAGAGGAUAUUUUUGAAGAAACAUCAAGUGUACCUGAAACUGAGACUAAGCAUUUGGAAUCAUUAAACGAAAGUAAGCCUAAUCACAAAAGUGAAAACUGGAGUGAUGAAAUGGACCGCGAAAAAGAAGCAACAAAGGCUGAAGAAGCUAUAUCAGAUGUGAAUAAAGAGUGGGAUGAACAAGCCCAGACAACACAGGAUCAGCCUCAAACAUGGAGGAAUGAGGAACCUCCACCAAUGAACACUGACCAUUGGAAACAACAAAGAUAUAAUAAACAAAGGUUAAACAACAGAGGCAGAUUUAACCGGAACUCCCAACAGCCUCUCGGAUACGGUCGUGGUCAACGACAACAUUUUGACCAAGAAACCCACAGUAACUUCAGAUCUCCAAACCACUACAGAAAUGACAGUUUUAGACAUCCCAAUGAAAAUUCUAGACAUCAGUCUCAUGAUUACAGGGCCAUGCCUAGUAAUAAUUACAGGCCUCAGUUCAGUAGUGAGAGAAUGAAGAGCACUCCCCAAAAUUAUCAAAACACUCAAAACCGUGGCCCCCGUUGUGAAGAAAAUAGAGACAACAGGGGCUCCCAAAGUGAAGAAAAUAGAGAUAACAGGGGUCCCCGAUGUGAAGAAAAUAGAGAUAACAGGGGCUCCCGAUGUGAAGAAAAUAGAGAUAACAGGGGUCCCCGAUGUGAAGAAACUAGAAGCAAUAGGAGAGAGAACCGCAGUAACAGAUUUAGUGAAAAAACUGAUUGUAACGAACAAGUCAACUGUUCUGAAACCUAUCCUCUGAGGCACGACGACGGCCCAAACAAGGAUAAAGAUAACAUAAAGAUCUUAUCUAAAGAUCAAACUAACCGGGACACAGGAAUGUCUAGAGGACAAAAUGCUUGGGUUGGGCGUAGUGAAAAUUUGUUCAAAGAAGAAAAACCUAGAUCGUCAGAGACUGUUAAGAAUCAACAAGUUCAAGGUACUAUCAAACAAAAUAUCGUCAAACAGAUUCCGGGUGACUUAUUUUCUGCACCACAUGACUUUGCUCUUGCCCAUUGUGUGGCACAAGAUUUCCGCAUGGGCAGUGGAAUAGCUGUGAAGUUUAAGAAUGAGUUCAAGAGAGUCGGGGAGUUGUUGGACCAGAAUGUGUCAGUUGGAGGUUGCGCUCACCUUGAUGUGGAUGGCCGAUUUAUCUUUUAUCUGGUAACCAAGGAAUUCAGUAUUGGUAAACCCAGAUAUGAAGACCUUCAUAGCUCAUUGAUAGCUUUGAAGGAGAAGUGUCUCCAAUUCAGAGUGAAGAAGUUAGCAAUGCCACGAAUAGGCUGUGGACUGGACAGGUUGGACUGGUCUAGAGUAAAAACCGAUAUCAACCAGGUGUUCUACAAUACUGACAUUGAAAUUCAGAUCUACGACUUCAACGUGGAGAGAGUUCCAGAAGCAGAGGGCAACAGAGAUGGUAAUCCCUUUUUGCGUGUCAAGUACAGAGAGUCAAUGCACCUUGUUGACAUAGAUAAAGAAACUGCUUUGCUAGUCCUGGGAACUGUAAACAGUUUCAUGGAUCCAACAGCUAAAAGCCUCAACGCGAAAUAUAACUUUGAAAUGGAUUACAGAAAUGCUGAGAAAACUGUUGGAAAUGUUGUGUGUGUAAAAAACAAAAAUCCUAACUACGACUAUGUGUACAUUCUUAUUGUGACGGAAACUGAAAAAGACACAAUCAAAUUCUCAAAUUUGGAAUCCUGCUGUAGCAAUCUGUCGAGGAUGCUGCGUAAAGACCAGUACAGGUAUGUCGGCAUCGAGUAUCCGCAGGGGUGGUCCGAAGAGAAGACAUUUUUUGAAAAAAUCCUAACCCUUUUCCGUACUACCCUGCCAAAGUCAAUGGAACUAUGGGUGUGCUUUCCCCAGCCGGACAUGGAUUUCACCAGAGCAAUUGUAGUGAACAAAGAUGUGAGAGUAAAAGACAACAAAGACAAUAACAGUGCUAAGUAAGGGUAUUGAUAUACCACAGUAUGUUGACCAAAGAGUUUGGCUGGCACACUGGUGCUUUUAACCAAAGACUGUUUAGUUUCCUUUACCACGAGUAUUUUUAUCCAAAGUGGAUUUUAUUAUUAUGGCAUUUUUAUCUUCACUGUGACUUUUUCUUGUAGCGUAAGCGUAAGACUUUUUUAAAAGGUGACAUCAUGCACGGGAUUUAAAUACCGACAGUGUACUUUAAGAGUCCACAUAAGCAUUUAAGCUUCUUGUUCUUUAAUUUUAUUAGUAUAUUGUUAAAUUCUAUUGUGGUAUUUUUACUAUACUGAAUAUUUAGCUUACUCUUGAACAUCUUCGACAAGCAUUAAAAAAUCUUUAGAAAUCCUCAUUAUUUAUUUCAGUUGCUUUUAAUUCUGUAAAGAUGGAUAUCAUUUAUAUAAUAUGAAUUAAUUUCUAAAAACUUCUGUCCUGAGAAAAACAUAAACGAGUUGUUAAUUCAGACUUCAAAGUGGCCCAAUUAAACUCCCCAUGUAACUAAAAAUAUAAUUGUUAACGUAAAAUACUGUGGAAAGAAAUUCGUUAAGAUUGUUAACUGCAAGUAUGAUGCCUCCUUUUAAAUUUAUUUCAGUAGAAAAGUGUUAUAUCAUUUGUGCAAUGUUUUACUAUUAAUAUAGGUAACCUUGAUUAGUAAAGGUGUCAUUUUUCAACUAUAUAUACCUCUAUAAUUAUAGACCUAUUGUUUUGUUGCUUAUCCUAUUUACAUUCAAGUGUACUUCAAGUGUUCAAGCAAUAUAGUAUAUUGGUUUCAUAUUAGAAUACAUUGUUGCCUACUUGGGCCAUCAGCUGAAGUGCCUGAAGUUAAUGGUGUCCUUACAUUGAUUUACAAUUUUGAAAAUUAAAUUUUCAUCAGUUCCUAAUGUAACAGCAGCAAAAGAUUUUAUAACGGAAUGUAGAAUCAGCAUUUUGACUGAUGUUGUAACUGGUGGGUUUUGUUUCAACCAGAUACAAAAUAUGGGAUGUCAUAAAAAUUUAUUUCAUUUUAUUGUAACAAUACAUUUUUGGUAUAAAUUUAGUACAAAAGUUAAAACCUAUUGACUUACCUGUCUUAAUUACAAUGUAAAUUUCUCUUUGGGACACCAUUAAGCUCACAUUAUUCAACACGAGUUGCUUGGUUUCAAUAACACAGCAAUAUAGUAGUUUUAUGAAAUAUAGCAAUUCUGAGACUGUCUUUUUGUAUUUUUAUAUUUAUAAAACAUGCACAGUAGAACCUCAGUAAUCUUUAAAUGGGCAGCCUUAAUUUUAUAUGGGUAAUUUUUUUUUUUAGACAAUAUUAAGCUGUAUUGAUUGAGGUGCUGAAUUAUUGAGGUUCUAUUGUAUUUUGGCAACUAAACCGAAGUAGCCUCAUGUUUUUAUUUUACAAAUAGUUACUACAAAGGUAUUUUUUCAAGAUUACCUAACACAUAGCAACGUUUUUUCCCCAAACGGAUCUCAAACCUGUCGCACAGUUACAAUAUGCACUGUCUCAAUUGACAAUACCAUCUGUGAAUUCAGUGCCUUUGUAUCGUAGUUUUCCAGUUCCUAGCGGUAUGUGAUUUGUAACGGCUGUGGUAACAUUGCUAAUUUGUAAAUUUAUUUUUAUUUUUGUAGUUGGUGUUUUCACUGCUCAAAAGACUGGCAACUAACAUUACAAUAUACUUAGUCAAUGUAAACUCAAUUUAAUAACUAGCUCCGUCAAAAACAAUUAAGGCACUGGUAGUAACUUUUGCCAAUUUAUUUUUGUUCAUGUUGUAGUUGAUCUUAGCCUCCUCUAACACAAGGCCAAAACAACACAUGGCCAAGGUUGGGGGGUUGUUGUGAUGCCUAUUGCCAUGGUAACAACAGAAAUAACAGAAGUGUAAACAAAAACAUUAUAAUUUAAAGCAACAGCUGUUUCGGUUUGAUGGAUAAGCAGUGUUGCCAAAGAUAUAUUUGUACAAUAUAUUGAAAAUGAAUUAGUCUAAAACUAACAAAUUAAAAAAUAGCCUAAGCUAUUUCUUUCCUUGCAUUAAAAAUUAGCAUCAUCGUUGGUUCAAAAAAUGCACAGUACAGUGGUGAAGACACCAAAUAGUAGGCGCAAACAAAUUAUAUGUUACCUUUUGUGCCAUCUUUGUUUUUGUUUAAGGAGAUUACUUUUGAAUUGUCUCUCUGUAAAUAGAUUUAGUGUUAGUGAAAGUUUAUUACAUUCAACUCAGUAUUGCUCAAGUUGGUUUAUUAAAAGUUGUUAUCUCUUGCCUGAGUAUUCAAAGGUCAUCAAAGGACAUUGGUUAAGUUUACUAGAAAUUUAUUUUAAAAUGUGGGGUAGUGUUGUAAGUAGGCCUACCGGUAACGAUUAUUUAUCAAAUCAACUUUUUUCCAAAUUCAUAUAGAAACCCAAUAGAUUGGGGAAAAAAUUAAUUUACAAAGAAGUCGUACACAACCCCUUACAAACCUAAAAGUGUUAAAUGAUACUGUAUGAUAUUACCAAUUUAGUGUUAUAAUUGGUAAGACAUCUAAAUUAUUAAAUGUAAAUUAAAAGUAAUUAUUAUAAGUGGUAAUCUUGAUAAUUUUGACAUGACUUGUUGUUUUUUCUGUUGAGAAGUGUCUAAAAUUACUUUAAACAAAUAAUUACUCUAUUCUGAAGUUAUUUGUGUGUAUUCUCUCCAAAAACUGGCUUAUAUUGACAAAGCUGGGUUGAAUUUUGAUUUUAAAAAACAUCCAAAGGAAAAAUUUGGCUCCCAAAAACAAUAUUUCGUAAAAAAUUUCUCUAGAGCUACCCUGUAUGGAUCCUGUCUCACUGACUAAAUAGUACUGUUAACGUUUCAUGAUCUUUAAGUAAAUUUUGUUGUCUAAACUAUAAUCUUGCUUGGUAUUUUAAAUAUCUGGAAUUGAAUAAUGCAAAAACUUCAUGAACAAAAUUUAAUGAUUUUGACCAACAUAUUUUAUACAUUUAAAUGGUUUUAUUUACCAUGCACAGUUCUAAUCCAUAAAUAUAUAGUAUUAUUGUUAGGGUUCAUAAAACAUUGUAAGUUGCAAUGCCUUAAAAAGAUAUUUUUUGAACAUCUUUUGUAGAAUAAAACCGACCAACUAUAUUCCUAUUUUGUAACUACUUUAUCCUGAUGUAUAAAACAGUAUUUAUGGUGCUAAAACUGAUAUUUAACUCUAAAAUGUGGAAAUAUAUUUGUGGUUGUUUCUGCAACUAAAUUUGUGUAAUUUUUAUCUGCUUAGUUGAGCAACUUAAAUAUGUAGUUAUGAAAAAAAAUUUUUGCUGCCAAAUUAGAUUUUUUUAUGAGAGUAUAAUAUGUAAUAGACUGUUUAUAUGAACUUGGUAAUGUACUGUAUAAAACAUAACUUAUACUUCGAGAAAAUUAUUAUAAUUACCAUUCCAGCAACUUUUAAAUUGAAAUUAGCUAUGAGUAUUUAAAAAAAAAAUAAAUAUUAGUUGAUUUGUUGUACUAUUAAUGAGGAGAACCACAAUUAAAUAAUAACGAAACGUAGACAUUACUAAUAUUAAUGCUUUAUAAAAUUAAAAACCUGAUUUAAUGUUGCAUAGCUAGUUUUAAUUUGUUUUUCAAGCUCACGUAAUGUCUGCAGUUGCAACACAAAUUUAACCUAAACUAUACUGUGUAUAGUUGCAUAACAAACACAAAUUGACUUAUUUUUCAUUGUAUUACAUUUUGAAUUCAUGAAAAUUGAGAAAAAUGUCAUCUACACUGUUUUAUUUCAAUUAUUGUGAAUUUUUCAAAUUUGUAAUGCCACUAAAGUUUUAUCACACUGAUAUGGUUUAUUGCAUUUUUCUCAAUUUUUAAAAGACAGCUUUGCAUUUCCAACUUGUAUAUAUCUAUUACUAUGAGUUACAUGAGUUAUUUAUGUGCAUGUAUUUGCACAUUUACCUAUUAUAUAUUUUAUGACCACCAUUUAUGGUUGCAAUAUUGUUCGUUAUUCAGUUUAGUUGAUAUUUCAGUAAUGUAUUUUCACAUAGUGUAGUCUCACUAUUGAUUUUAGACAUGUGUGUCGUUACUUUUUCAUUCAUAAAAUAAAUACAAAACCAACUAAAAAGUUUUCAGCAAUAAAAAAUUGUUUUUA